AUGGUCAAUGCGGCGACGACUUUCAAGAAUUUCCAAUUCGACUUCGAUCUCGGGGUGUCGUCUGGAUCCGGCAUCGGAGGGGGCGGAGGUCGGUUGGGAACGGCAGGCGGCAGUCUCAAGGACCAGAAGCUCGGCGGCGGUUUGCGCCUCUCAUGCUUCGCUCACCCCCGUUUCUCCUGCUCUCCGCCCCUUCCGCGCUCCUCCGCCCUCUUCCGCCCCCCUCCCGCCCCCCCUCCGCCCCCCACCGCACCCCUCCGCACCCUCCGCCCAAUCUUUCCCCCUUCCGCUCAGGGUGGCGGAGGGCGACCAGGCGGGGGGGGCGGUUACGCGCAGGGCGCCACCUCGUGGUCCACAGGCGGAGGCGGAGGGGGAGCAGCGCGCGCGCCCCCCGCCUCCGCCAGCUCCUAUGCGCCGAGCGCCCCAGGCGCGCAGGCGCAGAAGCAAGGGGGAAGCGGAGGAGGACCCAGCUGGAUCCCUCUGGGGCAGUCCGGAAUUGGCAGUGGGGGGAGGGGGGGAAGCGGGUAUGGGGGGAUGGGGAUGGGGAUGGGGAUGGGGAUGGGGAUGGGGAUGGGGAUGGGAAUGGGGGGAAUGAAUGCCAAGCCUCUUAACUCCUCGCUGUCGUCAUCUGGUGCGUCAGCAGCAGCUGCAGCUGCCAGCAAGGCGGAUGACGUGUUUGCCAGCCUGUGGAGCAGUGCCACUGCCUCCGCGCGACCCGGGGCGUCCACGUCAUCGUCCACGUCAGCGUAUGGAGGCGCCGCCAGGGACAGCGCGGGAGGGGCAUCUGGGGGAGGUAGAUUUGGGGGAAGUGGAGGGGGAGGGGGAGGGGGAGGAUUUGAUCCGUUUGACCCGUUUGCAAACUUCUCCGCCUCGUUCCCUGCCCCACGCGCCGCUGCCUCCUCUGCUGCUCCCCCUCCUGCUGCCUCUGCUGCUUCUGCCGCCGCGGCUGCUGAUCCGUUCGCCGCCUUCUCAUCCAACUUCGGGAGCUCGCAGCCCCCCAGCAGCUCGCAGCCCCCCAGCAGCUCCCAGCCAUCUGCUGCAGCAGCGUCAGCAGGCUCAUUCGACCCGCUUGUAGACAUGCUUUUCAACCCCAAGCCCUCUGCUGCUGCUGGUGGCUCUGGUGGUGGUGCUGGUGCUGGUGCCGGUGCUGGUUCUGCUGGCGGUUUUGCAGCGGCCAGCAGUGACAGCAGCAGCAGUUUCUUUGGAGCGAGCGCAGGUGGUGUUGAUUUUGGGAACCAAGACGCCGGUGAUUGGGGAAGCUUCGGGGACGCUUCUGCUUCCGCCUCCACAGAAACCACUGUAGAGCUAGACGGCAUCGGGCCGCCGCCAGCGGGAGUCACUUAUAAUGCAGCGCUCAAUAAGGGGACGGAGUUCUACAAAGGGGGGCAGUUCGCGGACGCGAUCAAGUGGCUGGUGUGGGCGGAGCAGCUGGCGGAGAGAGGGGGGGCGGCGGGGGGAGAGGGUCUGGUGGCGGUGUUGAGUGCGCGGGCGUCAUGUUACAAGGAGGCUGGCGAGAUGAAGAAAGCCGUUGCAGAUUGUACCAAGGUGAGUAUGGGAGGUGCAUGGGUGGAAGGUGCAUGGGUGGAUGGUGCAUGGGUGGAAGGUGCAUGGGUGGAUGGUGCAUGGGUGGAUGGUGCAUGGGUGGGAGGUGCAUGGGUGGAAGGUGCAUGGGUGGAAGGUGCAUGGGUGGAUGGUGCAUGGGUGGAAGGUGCAUGGGUGGAUGGUGCAUGGGUACUGGAGAUUGAACCAGAGAACACGGCAGUGUUGAUGCAGAGGGCGUGUCUGUACGAGGCGAUGGAGAAGUACAAGCUGGGCGUGGCAGACCUGCGCCUGCUCUCCCGCCUUGACCCCUCCAACCGCGCCAUUGCCACGAGCCUUAACCGCCUCAACAAGGCACUUGCUGCUCUGGGGUGA